UGCUCUCUUAGCUGUCACUCAGACCUCCACGGAGAUUGCGGAAGUGUAAAGUUUCUCUUAACACAACUCCCUGUUGUCAACAGCACGAUAGAAGAAGCAACAGGCUUUUGUGUUGAAAUAAGAAGAGUUCAAUCAAAGUCAGCACUCUUUUCUCUUCUUAAGACAAGGCUCCGAGAUAGAAGUUCUUCCUUGUGUCAUAAAACAAACACCACCUUUGACUUCCCACUUUUGGCUUUAAAUCCUAGAAUCUGCUCUAUGCUUGCAAGACAGAGCAGAGCAGAGAUCUGACCACUUCAGACCUUCUCUUAGUGGCCGAGCACUUCAAGUGUUCUUCUUGGUGAAGGCCGUUUUGUUCCUGGUGGGAAGCAAUCCAGGUGUUCUUCUCAACUCAAGAGAAUCCACAGCAAGGUGCACAGAAGAGUGAUGGCAAGUCCAAGGUCACACAACUAAAUAGAGGUUGAGUCCUCUGUCAAGCUUUCUCUUCUGACUCUACCAUACAAAGCUUUCCUUGACCUUCACACAGAACAUAACCAUGGUCAAGAAAGUCGCAGUAAUCGGAGCUGGUGUGAGUGGCCUGUCCUCUAUCAAAUGUUGCUUAGACGAAGACCUGGAACCCACCUGCUUUGAAAGAAGUGAUGACUUCGGGGGACUGUGGAAGUUUGCUGAAACUUCCAAGGACGGAAUGACCAGAGUCUACAAGUCACUGGUGACAAAUGUCUGCAAGGAAAUGUCAUCUUACAGUGAUUUCCCAUACCAAGAAGAUUACCCCAAUUUCAUGGAGCACAAGAAAUUCUGGGAGUAUCUCAGGGAAUUUGCCGAGCACUUUGACCUCCUGAAAUAUAUCCAGUUUAAGACUACUGUGCGCAGUGUAACACAACGCCCAGACUUCUCUGAAACCGGCCAGUGGGAUGUUGUCACAGAGACAGAUGGCAAACAACACAGCGCUGUAUUUGAUGCUGUAAUGGUUUGUACUGGGCAAUUCCUGAGCCCCCGUUUACCUCUGGAGUCCUUCCCUGGGAUCCAUAAGUUUAAAGGACAGAUCCUACACAGCCAAGAGUACAAGAUUCCGGAUGCCUUUCAGGACAAGCGCAUCGUGGUGGUUGGUCUUGGGAACUCUGGAGCAGACAUCGCAGUGGAGCUCAGUAGAAUAGCAGCCCAGGUGUUUCUCAGCACUAGAAGUGGUGCCUGGGUUCUAAGCCGCUCUUCAGGUGGUGGCUACCCUUUCAAUAUGAUGCUCACAAGAAGAUGUAAUAAUUUUAUUGCACGCGUUCUGCCUUCAUGUUUUAUAAACUGGCGUACACAGAAGCAACUUAACCAUGAGAAUUAUGGAUUAAGCGUUGCAAAAGGGAAAGAAUUAAAAUUUAUCGUGAAUGAUGAGCUACCAAGCUGCAUCCUCUGUGGGAAAGUCACUAUGAAAACUGGCAUCAAGGAUUUUUCAGAAUCCUCUGUCAUCUUUGAAGAUGGGACAACAGAAGUCAACAUUGAUGCAGUGAUCUUCUGUACAGGAUACGAAUUUUCUUUUCCCUUUUUUGAAGAACCUCUCAAAAGCCUUUGUACAAAGAGGAUCUUACUAUACAAGCGAGUCUUUCCCCCAAAUUUGGAGAGAACAACAUUAGCCAUUAUUGGCUUGAUCAGCCUUACGGGGUCUAUCUUAGCUGGCACAGAGCUCCAGGCACGAUGGGCUACAAGAGUAUUCAAAGGGCUCUGUAACAUCCCUCCAUCCCAGAAACUGAUGGCAGAAGCCACGAAAAAGGAGCAGCUCAUUAAAAGGGGUGUGAUUAAAGAUACUAGUGAAGACAAAAUCAACAUCAUUUCCUACCUGGAUGAGAUCGCUCAGUGCAUAGGCUCAAAACCCAACAUCCCACUUCUGUUCCUCACAGAUCCAAGACUAGCCUGGGAAGUUUAUUUUGGACCAUGUUCCCCUUACCAAUACCGCCUAAUGGGCCCUGGGAAAUGGGAUGGAGCCAGAAAUGCCAUCAUGACCCAGUGGGACAGGAUCAUAAAACCACUGAAAACUCGGACUCUUCCUAAGUCCCCUGAGACUGCCACUCUGUCACGUUCCUUAAAAGUUUGGGGGGCAUCUCUCCUACUUGCCUCUCUUAUACUUUUCUAUAAAUCUUCACUUUUUCUUAAAUUAGUGCAAGACAAACUGCAAGGAAGAGUUUUCCCUAGCCGUGUACUAUGGUACAUCCCCCAGAAUCCAUGAGUUGCUGCCCACUGUGACAUUGGAGGAAGUAUCUGGGGCACCCUCAUAAACAGACUGGUUCUGCUCUCAAAUACUGGGUCAGUUUUCAUAGGUUGUGUCAUCAUAGAGCAAGACUGCCUCUUGUUUUAUCACAUUUCUGUGCAUUUAUUUGCCCUUCAACCUUCUACCAUGUAAGGACACAGUACAAAUCUCUCACCAGAAGCUGCUACUAUGACCUUGAAACCUGGGACCUCACAAAUCAUGAGAAAAUAAAAUUCGUUUAUUUACC